AUGCUGUACGCACGCACUAUGGCCGUUCGAGCCAGCAACGCGUUUCUACUGCCCUAUCAACAGACUUGGCACUCUAUUUCACAGGCGCAAAGACGUAUUAUAACACGCAUAGAACCCAGCAGAGUCCGGUACAAAUUUGUGGAAGAAGUUGAGCGCUUGGACUAUUAUAUUCCUGGAGGUUACUAUCCAGUCACGAUUGGAGACGAAUUUUGUUCAGGUCGAUAUGUUAUCGCUCAUGAGAUACAGGUUCUUUCACAGUUACCUAGAGCUAAAUCCGAGCUCUCUGGGCGGAAUACUCCACAGAAAGUGCUUGACUCUUUUACAUUCUCUGGGCCAAAUGUCACGCAUCGGUGUUUGGUCACGGAUGCUGCGUAUCACCGACUUCUCCAUCUCCCUGCCGCUCGAGAUUGGGAAGAAAGAAGUAAUUGGUUUGACGAAUAUGGACGCAAAAAUGUGAAAGAAAAUCUCCGUCAGUGGUACGGUAAUAGUACCAGGAACUGGAUCCAACGGUUCACGGAAUAUAUAUACAACCUAAGGGAGAGGAAGAGGUUUGAUACCUUUUUAGUGGAGGAGGAGAAUGCGUUCUGUGAUAUGAUAAAGUCGAUGUUAGUCCUUGAGCCAAGCAAAAGAUCCACGAUUGAGAACAUAAUGGGAUGUGAGUGGAUGCGAAAAUGGGGACUGCCAGAGGUGCUCCGCGCCAUCCUCUGUAGAAGCUAUGAAACACCUGAUAUCUAUUUACAUAUAUUUAAUAGUAUCAAUCUAGUACCAUCCGCAUCUAGUGCUUAUAUCCAGGCUACAUCUGUCUUAUAUAUGUCUACAUCUAUCUACCAGAAAAUAUUCUUUAAAUCCUCAAAAUCUUUGUUGGAUUUUUUUUUUCUUCGGGUUUUUUCUCUUUUCUUCCCUUGGGAAAAGAGAUUUCUCCCCGCCAACAGGACGUUUUUUCCCCCUAGACGCUGUUGA